AUGCGCGUAGUCAUGGAGUUUUCAAAGCCGGAAUUCGACCCAAUCCACGCCAUCCUCUCCCCCGCGACCGGAGCAGCUGAAAUCCCAACUCUUCUGCGCGGUGAAAAGCCGUCAUCUAGCGAUCCUGACGCUGCGGACCUCGGUACUCACAGCUAUAGCAAGAAGCCAGUGGCCAUCAUGAUGGGUGGCGCCUACGGCGAGGAGGACGCUAAAGCGAUGAGAGAAGCGUGCAAGGGCCACCUUAAUGUGCCGUGGAUUUUCUUCGAUAAAGAAAAGCCUAUUGGCUUAGAACCUGGGCCAGAGUAUGCGAAAAUUGUGAUAGGAAGGGGAAAAGAGUUGGUAAAGAAGUUGGAAGAGGAAGAUAAGUUUGGCAAGGAUGGUAUCUAUUACUACUGA